AGCCAUUUUGGCUCAAGUUGUUUGGGCGCAAGGUCUGGAUCACGGGCUGGCUCACUUCCCCGUGCCACACCUUGGCGGUGGCCUGCAUGGGAAAGUGUCAUGCAGCCGACAUACUUGUCUUAGUCGUGGCGGGCGCCCAAACCUCUGACGGUGCCACAGACAUGGGCAGGCGCAACGUUGUGUUCUUGGUUGUCGAGUCCACAGAUGGCCGCGCGUUUGGGCGCAACUACCAGAACGGAGCGGUGUCGUUGCCGAAUAUCCGAGCGCUCCAAGAUAGAGGAUACGAGUUCACCAGCCACUAUGCCAAUGCACCUGUGUGCUGCCCAAGCCGCGCCACAUUUUGGUCGGGUCGCCAUGCCCACAACAUUCCGCACAACCAAAGAUCAUCCGGCAUCUUCGUACAGGGGGCAUGGAACAAUUAUGAAGGGUUACCUCCAAAUUAUACUCUUCGAUUGGAUCAGGUGUUGGCCGAAAAUGGUUACAACGUUCAGAUGUCAGGAAAACUUGACUACACGGCGGGCUCCCAUAGCGAGAACGUGAGGCUGAGUGCGUGGACGAUGUACACGCGCUUCCCGUACAAUAUCAGCAAGGGUAACGGUGGUUGGGUCGACGAAGAUGGGUGUGUGGACAAAGGCACCGUGCUUCCUGGUAAUGUUUCAGCCCAUGCUGGUGAUUGGGCGUCGCUGCGGUCUACAGUGAAAUGGAUCCGGGCGAACGCAAGCGUAGAUCCAAGGCCUUUUUUCGUUUUUCAAGGGAUGGAAAUCGUGCACCCGCCUUAUUCGACCAACGAAUUCUGGUUGAAUAAGGUGGAUAUAAGUAAAGUGCGAGUACCUAAAUGGGGCCCGCUGGGAGAGAUGCAUCCGUGCGAUUUCCAGUCUUCCAUGUUGAAGGGCUGCCUCCCGCCGCCAUCCAGUGCAACUGGGUUGUACUUCUACGAGGAAGCUCAUCGUCGGCGCAUUCGCGCCAUCUAUCUUGCGAUGAUCGCCGAAUUCGACGCAAUGGUCGGCGAGUAUUUGAAAGCGGUGCGGGAUUCUGGUAAGCAUGACAACACUGUGUUCAUCGUCACCUCUGACCACGGGGAUAUGCAGAUGGAGCACCGGCAAUUUUAUAAGAUGGUUCCAUACGACGCAAGCGCUCGCGUGCCAAUGGUGAUAAUGGAUGGGCGAGAGCAACGUCCUCAGCGGGUGGAGAUCCAUGGUGUGACGCAGCUGAUUGACAUAUUCCCGACCGUGCUGACAUAUGCUGGAAUCCCCGUUGAGCGGUGGCCUGAGCUCGAUGGUGCACCCGUGCAGACUUUGCUACGAAACACCGGACGGCCGCAUGAUCCAAAGGGUCGACCUGAUUUCAUAGUAUCACAGUUCCACGGGGAUGACAUUGCAAUGAGCUGGUUUAUGGUGGUCCACAACGGCCUGAAGUUGGUGGUGUGGGGAACUGGUGAGCAGCAUCCACAUCAGCUCUUCAAUUUGACUGCUGACCCAGACGAGAUGCAGAAUUUAGCCGGGCACACGCACAUGGGCGGUUACGUUAAGACGUUGCUUGGCAAAUUGCGGAGUGUUGUGAAUUACGCCGAAGUUGCACAAAACGUUUCGCGGUAUGGGCACGAGUCAUUGUUGCAUUGGCUCGGCCAGACACCAGACUGGAAGCAAGCACUGGGGAAGAGAGGCCUCCGUUGGCACACGUCGUGGACUGAAGAUCCCGAGGGAGCUGUCAAAGCGGUGGAGGAUUUCAUCGCAAAUCCAGCUCAAGUGCAGCCUUGCCGCUCAGAGUUGUUAUGGCCCCCACCGCAUGUGAGUGAGGUUUUCAUGUGAAGCUGGGGGCCUGGGUUCGUCCUGUGUAUUCUGGGUUGCUCGUUCUCGGGAGUCGAGGCGCAUCUGUUUGGACGAAUUCCAGAAAGAGAUUGUCAACAAAAGAGGAUAGGCAGAUACGUACAUACGACAAGAAGUGUUGGUUUCUAGUGC